AUGGCUGCUGCACAAUGGGAGUACUUGCUGGUCCCGAAAGGUGCGCUGCAGCAGACGGGCGGCCACGGCGGCCUCCAAGGCUACUUAAGCGUUUCCUUUACGGCAAAUGAUGUAAGGGUUGGUACAUUAGUGGGGGAAGACAAAUAUGGCAACAGAUACUAUGAAGCCAAUAAGCAGUUUCUUGGCCUCACCGAUGUUUCUGAAAUGAAUGGCCGAAAUGCAUUCUGGGAUGUGGAUGGUAGCAUCAAGGGAAUGGUGCCCUUAGGCCAACCAUACAUUCAACAUGAGUGGCCUUCUAGACACUAUGUUCCUUAUUCCACCACCAGAAAGAAGAUUCAGGAGUGGGUCCCAUCCUCAACACCUUACAAGUAA